AUGUCUUGCUGCUUCGGAAUCAUUCGCCUUCGCAGCGGCCGAUCCCAGACUCACCGACCUUCAACUCUGGCCGACUGCAACAUGCGCACACGCGGAUAUUCUGACGGGUGAGGAUGGGCUAUGCAACCGGGGUGGAUUGUUUAAAUGUCCUUACUUAACCACUAUAUUGUCUUCAGGAGGGCUUGCUUGGUAGGACGUCACAGCCGUCAAUGUCCCACUUGAACUCGCCACCCCCCGGUCAGGGAGUGACAUACAAUCUCGACAGACACUGGCACCUGAUCUCACAAACCUUUUAAAACGGUUGACACCACUACCUCAGCCCCUCUCGAGCGUGACGUAACAACCUCUGCACAUGCCCUAGCCUCACCCGUGGCCACCACCGUCCGAGACAGCUGAUCACGGGACUCUGUGCACACCAGAGCCCCUCAUUCAGCCUUCCUCUCCUGCUAAGCAUAAACUGAAUUUCUGACGGAGACGCUCCAGAGUACUACAAUUACUAACAACCAGUACAAAUUCGGGCAAGAUCCAUAUUCUGGACAUACAACUCUCUCUUCUCUAGUAAGUUUCGUUUCGGGUCCUUACAUCGCCUACAUGAAGGAGCAAGCUUGGCUCUCCUACAAAGAAAAUCUGGUCAGAAUAGCUUAUACAGCUCUCCAAACGUGACAUGGUAAUAGGACUGCCAAGCCCGCCUGAUGCAGAUGGGUUUACACUAACUUCCAGAAAGGACAGAUGUUCCCGUGUCUUAAACCCAACACUCAUCUUAACUCAAUCCCUACCUGCGACCCUAAUCACAACCCCGACCCUAAUCUUAAACCUUUCCCUAGCCCCAACUCAAAUCAUACUUUUCCUGGAAUUUAGCACAGAGCUAUCUGUAUUACGGGCGACUCCUAUUCCCAUGUCCUGUGGGGUUGGGGAUGGGGGGUUUGGGCAGAUAAGCAAGUCCCACCGAAACUUUCGAUAGCUAAGCGGGUCGGGGAAACUGAAUCUAUUUUUCUGCCUCAUUGGCACUUCAACCCACCAGCUGAAAUUUAGGAUGGAUGAAUUUCCACCACCGUCUCAUUCAACUACAAAUACUUGCUCGUUCACUCUCCUCAUUCACCGUGUAGGACAAUAACAACAGAGGUUACAACAGCCAGCGACAAGUAAGCUAGCAUUGGAAUUUCCAUUAUUAAUGUUUUAGGCCACCACCAACCAAAUCCUGUCAGUACAUGUGGCAGCUGACUGAUCCGCCGUAAUCACCACCCAUGCGGAAUGUGCAUUAUCCAAAUCCACCCUGUAGGCAACUAACACCUGGUACGCCGACUUCAUCCAUUCGCACCUUCUCACCGCCUCGAUGGCUAAGUGGUUUGCCAAAUAACCUAUCAUCCACAGAGUACGUGUAUUCUCGCUUAUAAUUGGUACCUAUGCUGUCAGCGCGAUAAAUCCUGCAGUAUGUGUAGUAGAGUGCUGGCUGCCUGUUGGUAUUUUAUGACUAUUAUUUGGUUAUCUCGCUGUAGGUAAUGAAUUUCAGUUCAAAUAUUCAUAUCAGCUUUCGGACUGGGCCUAUACAGCAUAAUUCCGAUUGAUCCACUCCAGGCUGGCAAGUAAUUUCUAAACAGACUAAAAAGCUGAUAAGAACUAAAAGUGCCUGAGGUAAUCCCUAGAUAUCCAUUGUAUUCGGUUUAGUGUCUUGAAUGCAUCACUAACCUUCGGGGUUUUCCAUUACCAGUCUCGCGUAACGAAGCGUACACGUGAUACUUCCGAGACAUACUGA